GACAUCAUUAAUGCAGUACUCUUGCAAGUUUCUGAACUCCUUCACGAACUGCCAUGCGAAUGGAACGUGCAGUUAAACGAACAUGUCCUAUCGGAUCGAUGUCCCGUCCAAUGGAAGAGAACGAAUGAGGAGAACAACGAUACCAGUUUGACGGCACGCAAACUAUCAUCAGUAAAAAUUGUCCAUUUCAACAACCCCCAUAAACCGGAUUCAUUGCUUUCCAGCUGGCCACUUCGAAAUAAAUAUAAUGCUCCCAAUUCUGGCAUGCGCAGGAUGUUCAUGGAGUUGCAUCGAUUUUUCAAGGUAUAUGACGGUCUUGUGAUCAAAAAGCUUAUGCUGGACUCCGUCAGACCGGAAUGUAGAAGAAACAAUCGAUGUUUUAUCGACACAGUGAGCUCUUUAGGAAGACGUUUUAAGUUGAAUAAAAUGUAUGCAUUAGCCUGCUCCAAAGCAGGAAUAAGUUUGCAGGUUUCAGUUUCGCUUAUUAAUAUGACGGAUCAAAGCUGA